UAUGCACAUCUGUAGGCACUUUUAAACAUUUGUUUCAGUAGAUAACAAUGGAAUUCAGUGCAUUCAUUUCUGAUUUCUCUGGGGCUCUGGAAUUCCGGGAUCUGACUUAAUGUGUUAGGGAAAAAGUACAAUGUGUUAUUUCAAAUGCUGGUUUAAAUUAAAAGGGAGAAAAAAAAGCAGCCAUACGGCACAUCACAAUAGCUGGUUAAAUAUAGACUUGGAUUACAGAGCCAUUGUUUUCACUCCUGCUAAAUAAGACAGUACUCUUAAAAUGGAACACCACUUGACCUUUCACGUCUCAUCAGCCCAAUAUUUAACUGAUGCGGGGAAGGAAGGUUUCCCCCUGGAACUGUCCCCUGUUGACAUGACGGUUGCUGUUGCUGGGUCAUACAAUGCUCAGAAGGAGGAAGACCAGUGCCUCAGAACUCAAGAGGGAUCUUUCAGCCCAUGGAGGAGCUCUGUCCAUGUCACAAAACAACACACGCACUUUUUUCAACUUCUCUCAGCUGGUGCUUUCUGCUGGCCAUUUCAAACCGCCACCAGUGCUCAAACAUUCAAAAAUUACUUACUUUGAAGUGGAAAUCCUUGAUGUGCAAAGCAAGAAGCAGAUCUGCAUUGUGGACAAGGUACCUCCAUCAUCUACCCUCCUAGAUGUGAAACACAAAUUUCACAAAGCCUGUCCCCAGUGGUACCCUUCCCGUGUUGGUCUGCAACUGGAGCGCAAUGGGCCCUAUUUGAAGGAUUCUGUUAACAUUCAAAGCCUUGCAGUGUCCUCCAUCAUUACACUGUAUUUUACAGACCUGGGUCAGCAGGUCGGUUGGACCACAUUUUUUCUAACAGAAUACACCGGGCCUCUACUAAUAUACCUGCUCUUUUACAUUCGUCUCUCAACUAUUUAUGAUCAAGUGGAAAGUACGAAGAACUUCCGCCACCCAGUGGUUCACUUGGCCUGCUUCUGCCACUGUUUACACUACAUCAGACAUCUUCUGGAGACGUUAUUUGUUCACAAGUUUUCUGGAGGGCACACUCCUCUGAAAAAUAUGAUAAAGGGCUGUGUCUUUUACUGGGGAUUCACUUCUUGGAUUGCAUACUACAUCAACCAUCCCCGAUAUACGCCACCAUCAUUUGGCCACAGACAAGUUUCUCUUGCUGCCCUUGCUUUCUUGAUGUGUGAAGCUGGAAAUCACUUUAUCAACGUAGCAUUAGCUCACCAAAAUCAUUCAGGAAGCAAAGCCUGUCUUCCAAGUCCAACCUACAACCCCUUCACAUGGCUCUUCUUGCUGGUAUCCUGUCCCAACUAUACUUAUGAGGUUGGGUCUUGGAUUAGUUUCACGGUAAUGACACAAACACUGCCAGUUGGCAUUUUUGCUUUGCUGAUGGUCAUCCAGCUGUCCCUCUGGGCCCAAAAGAAACACAAGCUGUACCUGAAGAAAUUUUAUCCAGAGGUGCGGAGAAAAGCAGCUAUGAUUCCUAUCAUCUUCUGA